AUGAUGAAAGAGCUGAAGGCAGAUGCCUGCGUGACCUUCCAGAUGGAAACUGUAUGGGAGAAAGAGAGCUCCAGUCAGAGUCAGAAACACAGCACACAAAUAGAGAGCCUCAGUCCUGAGAGUGCUUGCAGGCGCUUCUGGAGCUUCCAUUGUUUUGAAUCGUCUGGACCCCUCGAGGCUGUCAGCCAACUUCAGAAGUUAUGCCAUGCGUGGCUGAGGCCAGAGAUCCACUCGAAAGAGCAGAUCAUGGAACUGCUGGUGCUAGAGCAGUUCCUGACCGUUCUGCCGGAGGAGAUUCAGGACUGGGUGCGGAAGCAUCAUCCACAGAAUGUCAAGCAGGCCGUGAUCCUGGUAGAAUGUUUGCAGAGAAAAUCUGAGGGAACCAAGAAUGAGGUCACAGCCCAUGAGCUGCAAAAGGAAGCAGCGCCAUUGGGAGGAGCAGCAGUGGCCCCAGGCUUCAAGAGGAAGCCAGCAGAGCCCCAACCAAUGGGCAUGUUGCAGAAAGAAUGUUGGAAUCCGUACCGGGUUCUACAAGAAGAGCUGGGCAGGCAUAUUCCCAAAGUCACCCAGCCUGCACAUGAUAAAGCUGUGCAUGCUGAACAGACGUUAGCCCCUUCUGAGCAGAAAAGCAGCAAAGGCUGGAAGAUGGUGUCCAUGAACAUCCUUCCUGAGUCCCAGAGUUUGUUGACCAUUGAAGAUGUGGCUGUAUAUUUUUCUGGGGAAGAAUGGCUGUUGUUGGUUCCUGCUCAGAAGACACUCUAUGAGGAAGUAAUGCAGGAAAACUACGAGAAUGCCAUCUCUGUUGGGAAAGAGUCUUAUUUCCCUUUGUGUAGAAGUUGA